AUGUCGAAGAUUCCUCCCGCACAGCUCUCGGAGGCCAUUCAGGCAGUCCUUACAAACCGCAAGGAGCGCAAAUUUAAGGAGAGCAUUGACUUGCAGGUGAAUUUGAAGAACUACGACCCGCAGAAGGACAAGCGUUUCUCGGGCUCCGUGCGUCUUCCCCACGUUUGCCGUCCCCGCAUGACUGUCUGUCUGCUGUGUGACCUUGUGCAUGAGGACAUCGCCAAGAAGAACAACGUCCCGACAAUGAACCAGGAGGAGCUGAAGAAGUUGAACAAGAACAAGAAACUGGUGAAGAAGAUGUGCAAUCAGUACGACGCCUUCCUCUGCUCAGAGUCUAUCAUCAAGACCGUGCCUCGUCUUGUUGGUCCUCAUAUGCAUCGUGUUGGCAAGUUCCCCACAGUGUGCGCCAUGAGCGAAAGCCUGCCGGAGAAGGUGCUGGAGAUUCAAUCGACGGUGAAGUUCCAACUGAAGAAGGUGCUCUGCCUCGGCACAUGUGUCGGUCAUGUUGAGAUGACGGAGGAUCAGGUGCGCCAGAACACCGUCAUGGCCGUCAACUUCCUCGUCUCACUGCUGAAAGAGAACUGGCAGAACCUCAAGUCUGCCUACAUCAAGUCGACCAUGGGGAACCGCAGCGCAUUUACUGAGCACAUGUCGCGGGCGUGA